AUGGCUUGUUCUGACGAUCAACAACCAGAUUUCAAGCAUUUUUGCAGGAUUUGUAAAAAAGGUUUCCUGUGUGGAAGAGCAUUGGGAGGGCAUAUGAGGGCACAUGGUGUUGGAGAUGAAAUUGCUAAUUUUGAUGAUGACGAUAUUCCAAAUGAUUGCGAAGGCAGCAAAAAGAUUUAUGAUUUACGAACCAACCCAAAUCGGUUCAGCCGGCUUUGUGAGAAUUGCGGUAAAGAGUUUUCUUCUUGGAAAUCUUUCUUGGAACAUGGGAAAUGUGGCUCUGAUGAUGCUGAAUCCUCUCUUCUUUGGUCCCCAGAAUCCGAGGCUGAUGACGACGAAGAUGGUGAUGGUGAUGGUGAUGGAUCCGUCCAUCAUGGUGGCAGAAGUGGCUGGUCGAAGAGGAAGAGAUCUUUUAGGGUUUAUCAAUCUAGUGACGAUGAAGACGACGUUGCAUUAGCUAAAUGUUUAAUGGCAUUGUCGAACUCUAUGGCUAAUCAUCAUCCCUUAGAACUAGAACUCAAUGAUCGCCUUUUCCCCACCAAAAACAACGAAACACAAACACGCAACCCUAAGUUGUCCCCGGAGUUUUUGCCGAAUGUUACAAAACCACCACCGGAUAAAGCAAAAGGGGUGGUUGUAGCCACCACAACCCCUAAAGGUAUGUUCGAAUGUAAAGCAUGUAAAAAGAUUUUCAAUUCGCAUCAAGCAUUGGGUGGACACAGAGCGAGUCACAAGAAUGUUAAAGGGUGCUUCGCAGCACGAAAUGAUCAGUUUGAUGAUAACUUGACACACAAAGAUAAUGUCAUCAAUGAUGUAAUAAAACCCAUCUUCCCUUAUCAAUCAGACAACAUUCAAGACCCGAGGAAAUCAAAAGUACACAAAUGCUCUAUUUGUAACCGGAUUUUCGCAUCGGGUCAAGCCUUAGGUGGCCACAAAAGAUGCCAUUGGCUAACAUCUAACUACACUCCAGACACUUCUAUAAACAAAAUUAACUUCCAUGAACACAUUGAACAACUUUAUCAAAGAGCUCUCGCCAUACCUAAAGAACUCGAACUAAAACUAAACCUCCCGACUUCCAACAACACCACAACCACGACCCACCACAACCUUCAAAAUCCGAAAAGAUUGGAGGUGUCUACGGAGAUCAAUCUACAUGCAUGGAGUGGAGCGGAUCAAGGAAAUGGUGAUGGGGAUGCGAAAGAAGAUCGUAAUAACCAACUAAACAAUAGCAGUGGUGAUCAAUAUCAUAUUUCAGCAGCGACAAUGGCAAAUGAUGACAAUGAAGGUGCAGGUAAGAUGAAGUUGGCGAAACUCAGUGAGUUGAAAAACAUGAAUAGCAGCAAUGGGAGUUCAUCUUCAUGGUUGCAGGUUGGGAUUGGUUCGACUACAGACAUGGCUCCUGACACAUAA